AUGGUAGCAUUCAUGGUCGUGCCACUUCUACAGACUUCCAUGACCAGCAAAUCAGACAAAUGCCCUAUGAGAGAUGCCCUCCCUGACCUCCAUGAGUUGUACCAACCAGGGAACUUCCUCCUUGGUGGGAUUGUUUCUCACAUUGGCUAUGUGUUCUGUGACCUGAACUUCAAGAAAAAUCCUUCAUCAGACUUGUUUGAGAUCCCCAAUGUCGUGACUAAGUUGUACCAGCAUGUCCUGGCCUUGGAAUUCGCCAUCAGUGAGAUCAAUGAUAAUACCCAGAUCUUACCCAAUAUCACACUUGGAUUCCACAUCACUGAUAGCUAUUAUGAUGCGAGAGUGACCUAUCGUAACUCUUUGGACCUCAUCUUCAAGAUACAUCGAAGCUUCCCCAAUUAUAUGUGUGACACUCAUAAAAACCUGAUGGCUGUCAUUGGGGGGCUUUCCUCUGAUACCUCCUUUCAAAUGGCAGAUAUCUUCAGUCUUUAUAAGAUUCCACAGCAGGGGGUGCCCCUUUCCUUGUGCAAUGAUUACUGCCCGCCUGGCUAUCACAAGAGGAAGAAGGAAGGGAAGAAAUUUUGCUGCUACGAUUGUGCUCCAUGUGCACAAGGGAAGAUUUCAAACCAUGUGGAUAUGGAUGACUGUGUUGUAUGUCAGGAAAAUCAGUAUCCAAGCAAGGAUCAAGAUCAAUGCAUUUCCAAAAUGACAAACUUCCUAUCUUAUGAAGAACCUUUAGGGAUCUCUUUGACUUCUGCUGCUGUUACCUUAUCUAUAAUCACACUGUUGGUUCUAGGAAUUUUUAUUAAAUACCAAGAUACCCCAAUAGUCAAAGCCAACAAUCGAGAUCUCAGCUACACACUUCUCGUUUCUCUUCUGUUCUGUUUCCUCUGUUCUUUGCUUUUCCUUGGAAGACCAAGGAAGUUAAUCUGCUGGCUCCAGCAACCUGCCUUUGGCAUCAUCUUCUCAGUGGCUGUUUCUUGUGUGUUGGCCAAAACCAUCACUGUGGUUGUAGCUUUUAUGGCCACCAAACCAGGGGGCAGCAUAAGAAAGUGGGUGGGGAGAAGACUGACCAAUUCAAUUGUCCUUUCCUGCUCUCUUUUUCAGGCAGGGUUUUGUGUGAUGUGGCUGGGAACACUCCCCCCUUUCCCAGAUUUAGAUGCACAGUCCUUGACUGAAGAAAUAGUGAUACAAUGCAAUCCAGGGUCUAUCACCAUGUUCUACGUGAUCCUAGGCUACAUGGGACUUCUUUCCACUCUUAGUUUGAUGGUGGCAUUCCAUGCUAGGAAUUUGCCAGACACUUUCAAUGAGGCCAAGUUCAUCACCUUCAGUAUGCUGAUAUUUUUCAGUGUUUGGUUGUCUUUUGUUCCAACCUACCUGAGCACUAAAGGAAAGUACAUGGUAGCUGUGGAGAUCUUCUCCAUCUUGUCCUCCAGUACUGGGUUACUAUACUUUAUCUUUUUCCCAAAAUGUUACAUUAUUCUGCUGAGACCUCAAAUGAAUCACAAGGAACAGCUAAUUAGGAGAAAUAUUUAG